AGGAAGUGUCCUGUACGGGAGGAGGAGGAAGAGGGAAGGAGGGUGAGGAAUUCAACAAUGCAAUUUGAUUCAUCACAUAAAGAUGUUCUGCUGUGUCCAUUAUACACAGAGAAGGAACCUGCUCAGCAGUACAAGCUGACACCAUGGCUUACUCAGUAAUGCCACAACUGUCAAAGGUUGAUGUCAACAAACUGAAGAAUGGUCAAGAACAUCAGACUCAAGGCUUCAGGAGCAGGGAACUCUUUCUCCGCAGAGGUCUAGUGUUUAAUAUCAAUGUGUUGUUCUACCACAGAGGGAAAGAGGAUAAGUUAAACAACUUGAGGCUCAGAGCUGAAACAGGUCCACACCCAUCUACACAAUCAGGGACCCUUAUUCAGUUCCCAGUGGCAAAAGUAAAUAGCAAUAAGACUUGGAGCGCGGAGCUGGAAAGCGAAAGUGUGAACUCUCUGUCCAUCAACAUAUGUUCUUCAGCAACAUCCUGCAUUGGUCGCUACAGUUUGUACUUGGAAGGAACUUAUUGGGAAACCCCCACAUCCUAUUACUUGGGAGACUUCAUUUUACUUUUUAAUCCUUGGUGUCCAGAGGAUGAUGUGUUUCUGGACAAUGAAGCCUCAAGACAAGAAUAUGUCAUUAAUGAACACGGCUUGUUGUAUCAGGGAACUAAAGAUUUUAUGGUUACUGUCCCAUGGAACUUUGGGCAGUUUGAAGAUGGAGUAGGUGAGAUCUGCUUAAGAAUUCUGGACAUGAACCCAAAUUUUCUAAAAGAUCCCACCAGUGAUUGUUCUAGGAGAGGAGACCCUGUGUACAUAAGUAGAAUAAUCUCUGCCAUGAUCAACGCGAAUGAUGAUCGUGGAGUGUUGGAAUCCUCCUGGAGUGAGGUGUUCACAAAUGGUGUCGAUCCCAGUUCAUGGAGUGGAAGUGUUAAUAUUUUACGGCUCUGGGACCGUAGUGGUUGCAGACCAGUUCGAUAUGGGCAGUGCUGGGUUCUGGCUGGAGUCAUGUGCACAGUAAUGCGGUUCCUGGGAAUACCUACCCGGGUAGUAACAAACUUUGAAUCUGCCCACGAUACCAACUUCACACUGACUGUGGAUGAGUUUUAUGAUGAAAAUGGGAAGAAGUUGGAGACUAUUCAGGGAGACAGUGUCUGGAAUUUUCAUGUAUGGAAUGAAUGCUGGAUGGCUAGGAAGGAUCUUCGCUCAGGAUAUGAUGGCUGGCAGGUUCUUGAUGCCACCCCUCAGGAGAUCAGUGGAGGUACAUAUUGCUGUGGUCCAGCACCUGUGAAAGCAAUUAAAGAAGGAGAUAUUGAUGUGGAUUACGAUAUUCCCUUUGUGUUUGCGGAAGUGAAUGGAGACAUUGUCCAUUGGGUUCUCCAAGAUGGAGGAGCAGAGAAGGGACAGACAGACACAUAUUCCAUUGGCAAGUUCAUCAGCACAAAGAGCAUUGGCAGCAAUACCAGAGAAGACAUCACGGACCAAUACAAAUACACUGAGGGCUCACCCCAGGAGAGGGCCAUAUUUGAAAAGGCUGUGUCUAAAAUCAAGUUUAAAAAGCCGUUCAGGGACAGAGAUCCUAUUGUAGCAUUAGACUUUAACACGUCCCUGAAGCUAGUUGAGUCCCCCCUGAUCGGACAGACGGUCUUACUUAUCUACCGCAUUCAUAACAGAAGCUAUGAGGCCAAGAAAUUUGCGAUAAGUGUCAGCGCCCAAGAGAUGAUGUACAAUGGAAAGCCCCUGGAUCAGUUCUGGGAUGAAAAAUUUGAAUUGGAAGUCAAUGCUAACAGAGACAUAGAAACAAGUUUCCAGCUUCAUCCUUUUCAUUAUGAAAGAUAUAUAAGGUCUGGAAAUAACAUCAGGGUCACUGUUCUAGCUACAGAUCUGAAGAGCAAGAAACUGAAAUUGGCCUCAAAGAACAUAAUAUUUGAGGUUCCUAGUAUCGAUAUCAAGAUUUAUGGUAAUCCAAAACUCAACCAGCCUCUGAGUGUAAUCCUGUCCUUCUCCAACCCUUUUAAUGAAGUUCUAAGCAACUGCAAUAUGACUGCAGAAGGGGCGGGGCUAUUUCCAGAUGGCCCUAUCACAGCACACAUGGACCAGAUUUUUCCGAGGCGGAACGGCUUUGUACGGAUCUUCUGCGUUCCAUUUAAAAGAGGAAAUCUACAGCUUGAAGCCAGCUUCUCUUGCAAUAAGAUCAAAUUUGUGAAAGGAAGUGUAAUGAUUAAUGUUCCCUGGAUAUAACUGGUUUAUUUGAAGUGACCUGAUAUACACUUCAUUAUCUAAAACACCUGGGAAGACUGGAGGAAUUAAUUUCACUAUUUAUUUUGCCAAGAUGCCAAACUUUACAAUAUAUUUCUCUUAUGUAUUUACAGUCACUUUUUGUAUACUGUAUGUAAUUAUAACUUAAUGUAAACUUUCCUUCUGA